CCUGUGAUUGACCCACAUGUUUACUUUCAUUUCCUUGAGCAAAAUAAGUCAGAUUUUGCAAAGAAUAUCUUUUAUAGAAGAAGAAUCUGAUGAAAUGUUGCAGGAUUUUAAAUUAUUAAAUCUUACUCUUGUGUGUAUAGAAAUGGUCAUGACGUGACGAUCAAUAAAUAAUGUUAUGAAUCAUGUUUAUUUUAGAACCAUGUGCUUUCAUCAGCUGUUUUGUUUACAAAAUAAUAUAAAAUAAUGAAAGAAAAAUGAAGUAAACAUGAUGCAGACAACAUGGGUAGCACUUAUCCUUGGAUGCUGGUCUAGUCUUUACCUUCUUGAUGCCUUCUUAAAGACUCAGCCAUGGUCCACAAGACGUUACACCACAUUUCUGGACAGGACAGGAUUUUCUGUUUCUGUAUGCCAGUUCAGAUGGUACUCAACAGCCAUGAACAGGACUUUUGUAAGACUAGCACAGUGGAGACCGCAGUUCCUUAGAACUUGGUUCACCUGUGGAGUUUUCUUUGGACUUGUAGCCAUGCUGCUGUCAGUGUUCCUGUUAACACUGAUGGUUUUCAACACCCUUACAAGAAACACAGUGGAAAAUCAAGUGUUAACACCAGUUAUGCCUGGAGUGAAUUUACCGACCAGCCAAAUCUCAUAUUACCUCCUGACAUUGUUAGUCUGUGGUAUACUCCAUGAGGUUGGACAUGCUAUUGCUGCUGUGAGGGAACAAGUGCGAGUGAAUGGUUUUGGAUUAUUUUUGUUGCUGAUUUAUCCUGGAGCUUACGUGGAUCUGUCAUCCGAUCACCUUCAAAUUAUCUCCCCUCUGAGACAACUACGUAUAUAUUGCGCUGGCGUCUGGCAUAAUUUUAUCAUUGUCCUGAUUGGAAUAGCAGUGCUGUUCACAUACCCCUGGUUCCUCAUGCCGUUUUAUACAACAGGAAGUGGAGUGGUUAUAACGCAAGUAUCUGAGAAUACAGCAGUGUCUGGUCCCCGUGGCCUGGCAGUACGAGACCCGGUAACUAGUAUUGGUGGCUGCAAGGUGACAAGUAUUAAAGACUGGAACCAGUGUCUAACAGCAAGUAUUAGGGAACCAUCUCUUGGAAACUGUCUUCCUGUCUCAAUGAUAACUGAACUGGACACAUCCAACAAAAAAAGACUAGAUGUGAAAUCACCAUACAUAGACUGUUGCAAUGAAACUAGCAGCACUCACUUGUGUUUUAUGUACCAUACAAAGAAUAACCCGGAUAAUGUAUAUGCCUGCCUGCCAGCAAGAGCUACUACAGACCGACCUGUGUGCAAGUUUCAGAGUGAUUGUUACUCUCCGAACAUGGAAAUGUCGUGUGUUUACCCAUCUGUGGACAACCAGACCAAAUUGUUGAGGGUUAUGCAUGGUCAUAAACCACCAUUGUUGUUUCUUGGUCAUCCACUUGAUCUGCAUUAUUCUGUGAUACUGAGUAACUACAUUCCUAACAGUCUGUUUAUACCAGUGAAUCUGCCAUAUGCCCUGGAAACAUUCUGCAAAUACCUCAUCUCUCUCUCGGGUGCUCUAGUCAUUUUAAAUGUCGUUCCAUGCUACGCACUCGAUGGACAGUUCAUCUGCCAAGGAUUUAUCGAGCUGAUUUUACGAUCAACAAUACCAGACAAAGAAGUGCGGGGCGCCAUCUUCUCACUGACUGUUUUAUUUGGAACCGUCCUCCUUGCAUUAAAUGUAAUAAUGGCGAUGUGGGUUCUGUUUGUUGGUUGACAUGGUUAUGUUGCGUGACUGCGGAUUUCAAACAACUUAAACUUUGGACAAAAGUUCACUUAAAUAGGGCAGUGAUACGAAGCAGUAUUCGUUUGAAACAGAAGUAUGUAUUAAUGGAAUGUGCAUGAUGAAAUAAAUUACUUGACUGAAGCUAUUAGGAAGUGUUAGUUCGGACAUAUCAAAUUUUUGUCUGAAUACAGCAGGAAUGAAACUGUGUUGUUUUUUUUGUGUUUUUUUUUAAUUUGAUAUUAUUUAUGGACACACACGAUGGCCUGUUCCAUAAAACCUAAUGUUUUACCAGUGGAUUCAGGUGGAUAAUGUUGAUCCUUAUUUUGUUGUCAAACACAAAAUGUACUGUAGGUUGCUUAUGGUAAAAUUUAUUGAAAAAACUCUGGAGAGAGGAUGUGUACUCUUAUACACAACUCAUCAAACAAAAUAGGUGUGCCAAUUUAAAUCUCCAUUGCCGAUGCCAGGCUAUAGCAUAUUCUCCAGAGCAGAGGGAAGGCUACAAAGCUAUGAUUGGAGACAGUCUAAAAACUCAAGCAGCUUAUUGGUUGUCUCUUGGCACAAUAUUUUGAAUUUAUCUAAUGGCGGGAAUGAAUGCUGAGACUCAUCUAUAUGUUCAGUUUGCAAGAUCUUCUGGACAGAAAGACAAAACGAACAAGUUAGGCAUUUUUAUGAACGCUCUUGAAAUAUAAGUUGUUGCAGAAAUUGACUUUUCAAGUUCAUUGUUUAGAAAACUCAUGAAUCGCAUUGUUUACAAGCCAUUAUUGUGAAAAUGUUUGCUAUCAGAUGAUUUAUGCUGGUCAUAAAACUGUCUUACAUUGUAGUAGAACAAAGAAGUAUAAAAUACACAGAAUGGCAACUGGCUGUAAUCUCGCGUGAGCUCGUGUCAGAGCGUGAUUCGGCAUUAUCUUACUAAAAACAAUCAUCGGCGAGCAUGGAGUUACAAUUUGUACCUUUAAAACUACAUUUAGAAUACAUGUUUGCUUCUAAAACAAAAUUAGUUUAAUGAGAAAUGGUCUUAAGACACGAAGUACAGGGGGUUUUUUGCCAUCGAAAGAAGCGUGGUCAUACGGUGAUAAUUAUUUUACCGAUGAAUAAUUGCUUUCGCAUACAAAAUGGCGCGUGGAGAAAGCGCCACUUCCGGUAACGAUAUCUCGUUUUUUUGUCACGGGAGGUUGGCGAGAUUUGCUCUAUAUGCCUUUCAAGUUGCCAAUCUAUUUAUUUUUAUAGCUCUGAGUAGAAUUAGGCAUUUAAGUGUAUUGUUUGUAGCAUACCAUGAACUAAAAGUUUUGCAUGUUUAGUUUAUUUUCUUAUUUGGUUUAACUCAAUUGUAAGGAUAGCUUUUAGCGUAUUUAUGGAACCGUGGUGUUCCCUUCCAGGAAAAAAUCAGUGCUGGGCAAAAAGGGCACAUGUUUGACUUCAGUCCCGUUUGAACAUGUGACACACCAAGUCAAGUAGCUGCCAUCAGAUCCAAACACCAGGGUUCCCGCUGUCGGUCGCCAAUGGCGCCAAAUGCGACAAAAUAUAAUUUCUGGCGCUAAAAAUCUUCAAUUGGCGAAUUUCAUUGGCGCCUACACGAUAAUCGUCGAUCUGAUCUUCUGAUCUUUCUCAAUGACGCAAUAACGGAUUAUCCGAUAUUUAACACUACACGAAGACAAUACACAACGUGUCAAUAUCGAUUUACACCUCGGGGCAUAAUUUAAAACUUCGCCGAGUCACUAGAGCGUUCCUCCACGCAAGAACGAUUAUCAGUCAAUCUGAUUCGCCAAAUUUAGCCCCGCCUACUUACACGAAAGCAAAUGAAACGAAAUAUUAGCUGCGUGCUUCGUCUAAUGCACCACCUUUUUUAUGAUGCAAAAAACGCGAGAUAAAUUUACAGGUUAUUUUAAUAACGACCCGAUUCGCCGAAGUAAAUGAGACCGAGAAAAUGCCGGAAAUAAUGACACGUCAAAGCGCGAUCAAAAGAUACACAUUCUCCGAUCGUAAAUAGAUAAAUUUUGCACAAGGGUUGUUAAAUAAAUCUACGCGUUCGUAAAUUUCAGUCGCGGUUGUUUAAUUUCAAUCGGAGAAUUUUAGAGAUACAAAUGAACUAAAGCAGUUCUUUUACGUGCCCAACGUAAAGCAUUGAUACACGACACGGGGGAUAAUUUUAAAAAGCUCAACCCCAGAGCUUCAAAACGAAGUGCUUAUAAUACCUGUAGGUGGUAUUUUCGCUAUACAUUAGUAUGUAUGAAAGGAAAUAGAAAUUUAGUUAUAUAUAUAACGAAACUUAAGCAUUUUAAAAAGCUUUUCAAAAGUUAUAAAAUAAUACAAAACAACACUGUUUUUGAUAAAUGACCUAAAUUAAUUUUGAAAUAAAAAGUUAAAAGAAUAAAGAGGUAAAUAUUCAUGUUUUAAAAACAUCUAUUUAGUGAAAAUGACCAUUAAAGGGAGAUAAUUAAAAAUGGCAAAUUAUAUAAAGGGAUCAUUUUAUAGAUUGAGCAAUUACUUUUGUUUAGAAAAUGUUCUUGAAAAUGGUUGAGAAGAUUAAAAACUUUUUUUGAUUCAAUGUGAUAUUAGGAUAAAUGUUCAUGUUUUAAAAACAUCUAUUUAGUGAAAAUGACCCUUAAAGGGAGAUAAUUAAAAAUGGCAAACUAUAUAAAGGGAUAAUUUUAUAGAUUGAGCAAUUACUUUUGUUUAGAAAAUGUGCUUGAAAAUGGUUGAGAAGAUUAAAAACUAUUUUUGAUUUAAUGUGAUAAUUAGGAUAGACUAGUUCAAGAGCAAAGAAUCAAAUGAAAAAGAGAUUGAAAAAGAAAAUGAUAUGUCGCCCAUCACAGACUAUUGGCUCCAACUUGAGAGCCACUGGCGCAAACUUUUCCUGAUUGGCGAAUUUGUUGGCGCAAAGUGAUAUUGACCCAGAGGAAACCCUGAAACACCAUGUUUCGCAUUCAUUUCAUACAGUUGUGCAAUGCCCCCAAAUUAGGGGACACUUAGAUUUGAUAGUGUUUGUCAAUCCAUUCAGAUGCCAGUGUGUCAGAAUUUGUCUGGUACACAUAUGUAGUCUCAUUGUUACGCAACAAGUAACAUUGCCAUAUAUUCUGGGACCACAUGACCAUUAUCGAGUUUAUCUUGAAAAUAUGUUUUUUUUUGUCCCAAAAAUGUUUUGGGAGGACACUUAGAUUUAUCUUUGUCCAUACAUGGGUGGUAAACGCGCAAUCCAAUUCCCGCCAGGAAUACGCUUAAAAUGGGUUGCGCAACGUCCGGUGCUGGUGUUGCGCGUAAAAAUGGACGAAAUUGAGGUAUGUGAAGUUAUGAUUUUGCUUAGUAUGAGACAAGAAUAAAUUUUCUCGAAAAAAGCAAAAUGCUAUUCGACACAAAUAUGAUAAUACAUCAUAUGUGUAAAAUAUCUGGUUUGUAAUUUAUGAUUCGGCUCUAUUAUCACAAAAACUCAGGCGACACGGGGCGUGAAAAAGUAUGAAAUCAACAAAAAUGAAAGUUUCUGACCUCAUAUGCCUAAUCUGAGGACAUCUGAUGCUUUAUAUGAUAACUCAACUGUUAUAAAGUAACGAAUAUCAAAAUUAUUUGCUUCAAAUUCUGCUUACGGGGACAUAAUUGACAAAAAAGUAAUCGGGAAUGGGGUUGCGCACCGGGAAUGGAGUUGCUCUUAUACAUCAUAAUGUAUAUAAUGUAUAUGCGCAACUCCAGUCCCGGGGCGCAACCCCAUUCCCGAUUAUUUUUUGCCAAUCUUUCCCCCAAAAGCAACAUUUCAUUCAAGUGUAUGUAAUAUUCAUGACUGUUUUAUACGUGUUUGAUCAUUACAAGUGUCAUAUUUCCAGAAAGAAGACACAAGAGUUAGAAAAUUUGCAUUUUUCAUGAUUCCAUACUUUUUUGAUAGUUCUAGUCAGCAGAGUUAACGUGAUAACAGAGCUGAUUCUUAAAUUAAUAAGUUGGUAUUUCACACUUAUGAUCUUUAUUCAUUUUUGUGUUGAAUAGCAUUUUGCUUUUUUUCGAAAGCACUCGUAAAUGUGUCAUUUUUACAAAAACAAAAACCCACCUACCUCGAUUUUGUAUAUAUUGAUGCACAACACCAGCACCGGAAGUCGCGCAACCCAUUUUUAGCGUAUUCCCACUGGGAAUUGGAUUGCGUGUUUACCACCCGUGCCAUAUGUCUGUCGGUCUGUCUGUCAGAAUUUGUGUCAUGCCUGUCUGAAAAAGUAUCUCAUCUAGAGUCAUUAGACCUCACAUGAAUGUUAUUCACAUUUGAAGUUGUGCACCUGGUGUUUUAAUUGGAAUGUCAUGCAGCCAGACCAGGGUUAUGGUCCUUGACUCAGUCAAAACUAUGCACAUGUUGACAAGAAAGGGGGGCAUCAUUGUCCAAAUGGACACACAUCUAGUUAAAUAUGCUAUUCAUUAUUUUGUAUGUUUGCAUCUGUCUUCAUCAGCAAUCUGUGAUCAUGGUCAAAAGUUAUUGUACCCCCCAACAACAAAGUUGUACCUUAGUCCCACACUGUGACCAAUCCACUCUGGUAUGAAAUGGGUGCUCUUCUGUAUACACCUGUCCAUCAGAUUGUCAAGUAAAUUGUACUAAUAGCCAGGCUGAAGAUUCAUAAGUUUGCAUCUCGUAGAAAGAGUCAUUAUAAAGUAGAUACCAAUGAAAUGUUUUUUCCAACAUAAAGUAUUUCAAAAUAUCUGCAGACCUUGAACUCAAGUCAAACAAUUAUAACAGCAUUGGUGGAAUUAAAUUUUUGAACAUUAAAUAACUGAAAUAUUA